AAAAGGGACAAAUAUAUAUUUAAAAUUGCAAAAACAUGUUGAACUCUAAACCAAAGUAUGAAACGAACUACAUAUAUACAAGGUCGCGUCAUAACGCCAGCUCGAAGCGGGGUUUCCUAUUACAGCCAGCUUUUCAGUGUGAGUCCAUUGUGUGGCAUGAGGAGGAGAAUGCGCACUACUUUCCGACGCGCACUAACAUUGUUCUAGAGCGCUCCACGAUCAGGGCCAUCUUUGGUCGUCCUCGCCGGUGACAGUGUGGACAGUUUAUUCCAUUGGUCAUGAAUGCCUAAUGAUUAUUAAAACAAUACCUAACUUUGAACGAGUCGUUUAAAGCACGCGGGCAGAGAAAAGUGAGCUCAAAUCCCCUCUUUGUGUGGACUCGCUGGUAAUUCCUUCCUUUAACACCCUUCAUUUCUCGAGGCAAAAAAAGAGGGCGAGACGGGAAAGGCGGCGAUACAACAUGGAUGAGGAAUAUGAUGUGAUCGUUUUGGGCACCGGACUCACAGAAUGCAUUCUGUCCGGGAUCAUGUCUGUGAACGGGAAAAAGGUUCUACACAUGGACAGGAACCCCUACUAUGGUGGAGAGAGCUCCUCCAUCACCCCUCUGGAGGAGCUGUACAAGCGCUUCACUCUUCCAGAUAGUCCGCCCGAGUCAAUGGGCAGAGGAAGGGACUGGAACGUUGACCUCAUCCCCAAGUUUCUCAUGGCUAACGGUCAACUUGUGAAGAUGCUGCUAUACACAGAAGUGACACGGUACCUGGACUUUAAGGUAGUGGAGGGAAGCUUUGUCUACAAAGGCGGAAAGAUCUACAAGGUGCCGUCGACCGAGACCGAGGCACUAGCCUCAAAUCUGAUGGGAAUGUUUGAGAAGCGAAGGUUUCGGAAGUUCUUAGUCUUUGUGGCCAACUUCGACGAGAAUGACCCCAAGACCUUUGAGGGCGUGGACCCCAAAAUCACAACGAUGAGGGACGUUUACAAGAAGUUUGACCUCGGCCAGGAUGUCAUUGACUUCACUGGCCACGCCCUGGCCCUCUACAGGACAGAUGACUAUCUUGAUGUUCCCUGUUUGGAGACGAUCAAUCGUAUCAAGCUGUAUAGUGAGUCGCUGGCACGGUAUGGGAAGAGCCCCUAUCUCUACCCUCUGUAUGGUCUGGGAGAGCUGCCACAGGGAUUUGCCAGAUUGAGUGCAAUCUAUGGAGGGACCUACAUGCUGAACAAACCAGUGGAUGAGAUAGUGAUGGAAGAUGGCCAUGUGAUUGGAGUGAAGUCUGAGGGCGAGGUGGCCCGUUGCAAGCAGCUCAUCUGCGACCCAAGCUACAUCACGGACCGCGUCCGGAAGGCGGGUCAGGUGAUCCGGGUGAUCUGCGUCCUCAGCCACCCCAUCAAAAACACUAAUGACUCCAACUCCUGCCAGAUCAUCAUCCCUCAGAAUCAAGUCAACCGCAACUCGGACAUCUACGUGUGCAUGAUCUCCUAUGCUCACAAUGUGGCAGCCCAGGGGAAGUACAUUGCCAUCAUCAGCACCACAGUGGAAACCAGCGAGCCCGAGGCUGAGAUAGAGCCGGCCCUGGAGCUGCUGGAGCCCAUCGACCAAAAGUUUGUGGCUAUUAGUGACCUUUACGAGCCCACAGAUGAUGGUACUGAUAGUCAGGUCUUCGCCUCAAGGUCCUAUGAUGCCACGACUCAUUUCGAGACCACUUGCAACGACAUCAAGGACAUCUACAAACGUAUGACGGGCAGCGACUUUGACUUUGAGAACAUGAAGCGCAAACAGAACGAUGUGUUUGGGGAGGAUGAGCAGUGAGUGGGUAGAGGGGCUUCCGAGAGAGGGCGGGGCCGGGAGAGGAGGCGGGGCGAAAGAGUGCGGCAGCGCUCGUGGUAGAGGGCCUUUAAAAACAAAUGGGUGGGAGCGAGGCGGAUGGGGUGUGUUCCUGAGCUCUGCCUGCCCUCAGCCGUUUGCCUCCUUUUCCUCACGUCCCUCUCUCUCUCUUGAAACACGUUCAAACACAUAAAUGAUCACAAACACACACGCACACACACAUACACAUACACACACAGCGUAUAAAUACUCACAAUCCUUAUCUCUGUCACUGAAAAGCAGGGUUGAUAUGGUCUUUCAUUCCAUUGUAGAAUUUACAGUAUAAUCAUGUCUUAACUAUUAUCAUUAUAGGUGAAUUUAUUACUUGUUGGCAAUUUUCCACGCAUUUCAUUCUUUCUGUAACGUCUUUCUCCUCUUGUCAGAGGUUGGGUGGAUGGAAGAUUGAUGGGAUUGAGAGGUCUGAACCGAGAGAUCUGUAAUGGCUUAGUGUAGAAUCCUCUGGAAGGGUCUCCUCCAGUUGACAUGCAUGCAUCUUUUACACACAGUAGUAUUGUACAUAGACUUAAAAUGACACUGCGGUAUGAAGGCUGGACCAUUCCACACAUCGCUCCUGUCAACCCUGCUUUCACUUUUCCUCUAACUUGGUCUUUUACCUGUUUCUCGUCAAAAGACGCCACUCCUAUUUUCUUUUGCGAAAUCUGUUGGUCAGGCGAAAAAAAAAUAAUGUGAUGAAAAAUUACAUAUAAAUGGGCUGUUCUGUCAACAGUUCUCACUUUGCAAUGCUGUCGUGUUCCCUGUGCUAGCAGGCAAGCUAACCAGUGGCUAAUAACUGUCACCCACCCACCCACCCCCCCUGACCCCAAAAAACUGUUCCUUUGUUUAUCUCUGUUUGUGUGAUGUUAAUUUUGAAUUUGAAUAGUUUACUUUCUAACAUUUUUAAAUUAUUGGAGAGUUUUAUUUCUAUAUAUUUGGUGUUCAUUUCACUGGCUGAAUUUAUGAAGUUUACAGAUCUGAGGUUGAAACUGUGGUCUUCAAGUGCAACAUUGAAAAAAAAGGGAAUGUCUGAAACAAAAGAGGCAUGGAGAGGAUUUUUUUCUAGUGUUAGGCGAGGCUUUCUAUGAAGUAUUCGGAAGGAUUUGGAUUGAGCGAUGAAAAACUAAUUGAUUACGGCAAAUUGAGAUGUGAGGAAGUGUAUCGUCGUGGGGAAAAGAGUGUAUGUAGGAAAUGUUUUGGAUUUUUGGAAAGUUUCACUUUUGAGUGAAGAGGAGGAAGACUGAAUAUUCGGCACAUAGUGAAAGCACCAGAUUGUGUCUUGGUUGUUUCAACCCUUGUGUAUGUCAUUUAGGUAAGUCAUUCCCUGGGGGACUAAAUCCUAUGGAACAUUGUAGUUGUUAAAUAGAGGGAAAAGCUGGAUAUUCCCAUAACUUUCAAAGACUUUGUAGCAAAAGUAUGGAGCCACAGUUGCAGGUGCUGCCCCACCAGAACGAACCAAGAUGCUUUUAUUUGGUUUUAGCCUUAAUUUGGGGUCUUAUUAAAAUGUUUGGGCCCUUUCAACAGUUGACUGCUUUGUUUUAACUAAUCGUUAGUGGCAGGUCGGUCUAGUGCCAAAAAUGGUGCCGCUGUUAUUGGCAAAAGUUGCUGGAAAGUUAAAAGUACAGUUUGUUGGUGUCUGUUGCUCUGCAGAUCAGACUGAACGCUAUAGAAGUGAUAUUGUAUUCUAUUAGGGCUGUUAUUGUACACCUGAGUGGGGGCAGUCCUCAUAUCUCUGCAGUGCACGUUCACGUUCAGCCAGGAUGAUCUGUGGCUUGUUACAUCAACAACAAACAGAUGAGACAGCCCGAUCGGUUUCUUUAAAACACUGAAGCAGUUCCAUCUCACUUCACCCACCACAAGUCCCCGAGCAACUCUAAACAAAGCUGUCCUGUGUUUGGGGUGUUCACGUGUCUUAUUGUUAUGCUCUAUUUAUUUGAAUUUCACUGACGUAUGGCGGAAAGGUUUAUGUCAAAUGUUGAAUAUGCUAUGCUAUUAGAUUCUGUUCCGAUGAUAAAAAUGAAUUUUAAAGUGA